AUGUCAGUGUGUAAUGACAAAUGUCAAUCAUAUAUUGGCUACUUUUGUAAGUUUGUAACUUUCGAAUUUGGACGCUGUGCUCCGGUGGACGCAGUGCUUGCCCCUUGCCGAAAACAUCCUCAACUCCCCCUUUGCAAAAAUCUAUGCACCUGCCAUCUCGCAAAGGCAACCCAACUCUACGAAGCACCUCUCUGCCGACUACUUUCCUGA